AUGGACAAUGAUCAGCGCAUGUGUUGGAUCUGCUUCAGUACCGAUGAGGAAACAGCUCGCCGUGAUUGGCGUCAACCUUGCCGCUGUCGCGGCACCAAUAAAUGGGUGCACGAAUCAUGCCUCUGUCGCUGGAUCGACGAGAAGCAGCUGGCGAAUCCGAGCGUGCCCGUCACCUGUCCGCAAUGCCACACCGAAUAUAUUAUUGUGAUACCCGGAUCCGUCUGCCGCUUCGAUGCACUGCUCGAGCAUGUGGAGCGAAUGUAUGGACUCCUGUGUCCCAGCAUAUUGAUUAGCAUGCUGUUGACUGUCAUCUACUUGGCAACGUUAUCAUAUGGAAUAAUCACACUGCAUCAAGUGGUUGGCUACGAGACGAGCGUUAAACUGAUGAAUGAGGAUCCCACAUUGCUAAUGAUUAUGCUGCCAUCGGUGCCAGUAGCAUUGCUAUUGCUACGCCGUUUCGAUUGGGACAAUCGAUUGGUGCGUUGGCUGCGACGCCAUCAAUGGCAAUCAAUUCGGUCGUCCGAGGAGCAAGUUGAUGAACACAACGAUCCACUGCCUGGUGCCCCGCUAACGGAUGAUUAUUUUGAUAGAUUGGAGCCGUCAUCGUUGGAUGGCGACGAUAUGCUGCAAGUUGGCGUUUUGAAUAUCGAGAAUGUUGAACACGCCACGUAUCGCCUGUGCACCGCCCUCAGUCUGCCCACAUUUGCCGUUGUCAUCGGCCAAACGCUGUAUGGCAAACUAUAUGGCAGGCUGUUCGCCAUUGCCAUGGGCGCCAUCACAUUUGAGGCCAUCAAGGGACUGAUCUGUGUCUAUCUGCGCCAGUGUCAAUAUUAUCGGCGACGUUAUCGCACUGUCCUCAACCAUAGCCCAUAA